AUGGGCCAGUGCUGGCCCGGCGAGCGAAAAAUUGAGGUCACUCCGGAGCCCUUUGUGCCAUUCCCUCCUCUUCCAGCUGAUGAGGCGCCAGAGGUCUUGAGCGCUGAUGAGUCUCCAUUUUCGUGGAUCUGGCAAGAGGUGGCGAACGGCCUAUCCUACUGGUUGCUGGGCGCAGCGGCCCGCGAAGGGUCCACGCCAAAUGCCGAAUGGUGGGGUGACGGCGCCUGGGCCCGCUAUGCCCGAACUCUCCAGGGCGAUGCCCUGCGGGCCUUUUCGUUGUUGACGGAGCUCGGCAUUGUCACGCGGAAGGAGCUCAAGGACGAUGAGACACCAGUGGCGCAGGAUCACAUGGAGACCUGCGUGCGGAUUGGUGUGCAGAUGCUCCAGCUGUCGUUGCACGAUGAGCAGACAGCGAAAGAGUUCUUCCGCGAGCAACUGAGGGUCGCCAUGCCGCCUCUUCUGCCACCUCCGUGGAUGUGCUGA